AGCAAUUCCACUCUGUCAUGACGCUCCCUUUUAACUAGCCAAACAAAACCCCCAGCACUACGAGACCCCAAAUUCCCUCUACAUUACCUUUCGGGCUUCAGCCACCGCCACGAUGACCUUGACCAACAUGCUUCGCCAGCGCCUCUUCUCCCGAACAUUCUCGUCCCACUCCGGUCCAAGCCGCUGGACGACGCCAGGCCACCAGGAGCGACCUAAUGGUUACCUCUUCAACAGGACCCCACUACCUCCAGGCCAAUCCCGCAAAUGGGAAGAUUGGGAGUUACCUUCCUACAUCACAUGCUUCCUCACCAUUGUCAUCCUUGGUGUUGGCCUCAACGCCAAGCCUGAUCUUUCUAUUGAGACUUGGGCCCAUCAAAAAGCCCUCGAAAAACUCGCCGCCGAAUCCGAAUCAUCUUCUUCUUCUGACUGAGCUGUUUUGGGUUCAAACUUCAAUCUGGGUCUGUUGGGUACGGAUCUUAGGAACUCUUAUGAUUUUCUAUUGUUGAUAAAAUGUGUAGCUCAAAUAAAAAACUGUUCUUUUUUAAUCGUUGAAGGAUUUGUAGUUGUUAAAUCUUAAUGGGUUUUUAAUUGGAUUCAUGCUUUCGCUGAUGAUGAAGUCAUUGGCUGAUUUGGGAUCACAAUAUAAUAUAUACUGUUUGAGUUUUAA